UUCCCGCAUGGCAAGAUGGAAAUCAUCUCUAAUGAUAAAGUAAACAGAAAUCCAGGCUACGUUUCCAUCACAGAAACAUUCAUUGGAGACGCCGCCAAGCAUCAGGUCGCCAUGAACCCAAACAACACCAUAUUUGAUGCCAAGCAUCUGAUCGGAAAGUUUGACAAUCCCAUGGUCCAGUCGGACAUGAAGCUCUGGCCCUUUAAGGUCAUCAAGCAGGAUGGUAAACCAAAAGUUGAAUUGGAGUACAAUGGGGAAACGAAAACAUUCUACCCUGAGGAAAUCUCCUCCAUGGUCCUGGUCAAAAUGAGAGAAAUUGCCAAACCCUACCUGGGUCAGAAGGUUAAUAACGCUGUCAUUACAGUCCCAGCGUAUUUCAACGAUUCGCAGUGGCAAGUAACCGAAGACGCCGGGGUAAUCGCUAGUUUAAAUGUGCUGAGAAUUAUCAAUGAGCCCACAGCGGCCGUCAUCGCUUAUGGCUCGGAAGGCAGAAGAGGAGAGAGAAAUGUCCUGAUCUUUGACCUGGCUGGCGGCACCUUUGACGUAUCCAUCUUGACGAUUGAGGAUUUUAAGGAGGCUAGGGCAGGGGACAUCCACCUGGGAGGGGAGGACUUCGACAACCGGAUGGUAAACCACAUUGUUUAGGAGUUUAAGAGGAAGCACGAGAAGGACAUCACUCAGAAUUAAAGAGUGGUGAGGAGGCUUCAUACGGCCUGCGAAAGAGCUAAAAGAACCCUCUCAUCUAGCACUCGAGCCAGCAUAGAGAUCGAUUCCCUGUUUGAAGGCAUCGAUUUUUAUACUUCCAUCAUCCGGGCUCGAUUUCAAGAGCAUAACUCGGAGCUCCUCAGAGAAACGCUAGAACCGGUUGAGAAGGCAUUGAGAGAUGCUAAAAUGGACAAGUCCCAAAUUCACGAUAUCGUUCUGGUCGGCGGUUCCACCAGGAUUCCCAAGAUCCAGAAGUUUUUGCAAGGCUUAAACGACAGAGACCUCAACAAGAGUAUCAACCCAGACGAGGCAGUGGCAUACGGGGCUGCAGAUCAAGCUGACAUCCUAAUGGGCGACACCUCAGAGAACAUUCAAGACCUGUUGCUUCUCGAUGUAGCGCUGUUGUCACUAGGUACUGAGACCGCUGGAGGAGUCAAGACUGCGCUCAUCAAACGCAACACCACCGUCCCCACCAAGCAGACACAGAAAUUCUCCACCUAUUCUGACAACCAGCCAGGUGUCUUGAUUAAGGUGUUUGAGGGCUUGAAGAGGGCCAAAGAUAACAAUUUUCCCGGCAAGUUUGACCACGCAGAUCCCCCUGCACCACAAGGCGUGCCCCAGAUUGAGGUGACCUUUGACAUUGAUGCAAAUGGCAUGCUCAAUGUAUCCGAUGUAGACAAGAGCACCGUAAAAGUAAAUACAAUAACUAUCACCAACGACAAAGGUAGACUCCACAAAGAGGAGAUUGAACAGAUGGUGCAGGAUGAAAAGUUGAAAGGAAAGAUUAGUGAAGAUGAGAAAAAGGUCUUUGAUAAGUGUACGGAGGUUAUCACUUGGUUGGAGAACAAUAGGCUGGCAGAACGGGAAGAAUAUGAACAUCAUCAGAAGGAACUGAAAGUGUGUAAUCCAAUCAUUACUCGGCUGUAUCAAGGAGGAGUUCCCACCACAGGCAGUUGUGGGUUCCAAGCCCAGUCUGAAUCACACUGUCCCAAAAUUUAAGAAAUGAAUUAAAGAAAGAGACAAUUCUGCCUUGUUUUUAUCAUAUCAAUAGUGAAGUAUUAAAUUCUAUGAAAAAUAUGGUUACCCUACUUCGUGACACUAUUAGGUUUAUAUGCAAUAUUAUAUUUUUAUCUUUCUCAAAUGUGCCUGAAUGUAAAUAGGUGUCUUUCUCU